AGCUUCGCAGAACGGGUACCAGAGGAUGUAGGAGAAGAAACGGCCGCUGCUUUUGUUUUCUUUAGAAAUGUGGAUCAAAACAACGUUCUAAACGGCAACCUUGGUUACAAAACCAGUCGUUAAGUUACUGAAAUCCAGAGUUCAUCGGCGGACCUCCACUUGUUCGUCCCGCUGCAGCCUGCGUAUCUACACACAGCAUCGCAAAAGGACGAAGAAGGUCAAGAGAACAUGUAGGCUAUCGCUGCCUGGAUAAGGGAUGUGUUUCUGAAUCGUCAGAGAAAACGACGAAUGGAGAUGAUUGCUAUUCGAGCCAUGGAAGAGAAAAAGCAACUUAAACGCAUGGAAAACAGAGAGGAUCAGUCGUGUGGAAUGCCCGCAUCCCGUCAGUUCACCGGCGCUCGAGCAUCUCUGUGCAGCAGCAAACGGAGCUACGCGAUGCUCAACUUGCGAAUUAAAGGGACGGGGGCUGUUCAAAUGUUCUCUGACUGACUCCUCCUGUGCUACCCGGAGACCAUGUGGCCAAGCCCACUGGGUUGAGAUAGGUACCAGUACCAGCAGGGGACCACUAUAUAAAGGCUGACAUAGUUUAGAAGAACCAGCAGUUGCUGGUCUUUAGCAUCCAGUUCUUUCAAACACAGGAGUGGAACACAUUGAACGACACAAAUAAUCAUGUCUCACGCUUGGGGUUAUGGAGCACAAGACGGGCCAGAAAUGUGGGCAGAAAGCUUUCCCAUUGCAAACGGACCCAGGCAGUCUCCCAUUGAUAUCGUACCCACCCAAGCACAACAUGACCCUUCUCUGAAGCAACUCAAAUUGAAGUAUGACCCCGCCACCGCUAAGGGCAUCCUCAACAAUGGCCAUUCAUUCCAAGUGGAUUUCACUGAUGACGACAACAGCUCAACUCUGGCUGGAGGUCCCGUCACGGGGAUAUACAGGUUGAGACAGUUCCAUUUCCACUGGGGAAGCAGUGAUGAAAAGGGCUCAGAGCACACUAUUGCUGGAACCAAGUUCCCCUGUGAGCUUCAUCUCGUUCACUGGAACACCAAGUACCCAAACUUUGGCGAAGCUGCCAGUAAGCCUGACGGCCUUGCUGUGGUUGGAGUUUUUCUCAAGAUUGGUUCAGCCAAUCCAAGACUUCAGAAAGUUCUAGAUGCUUUUGAUGACAUCAAAUCAAAGGGCAGACAGACUACAUUUAGCAACUUUGAUCCUAAAACCUUGCUGCCCUCCGCUCUGGAUUUCUGGACUUACGAGGGGUCUCUGACCACACCUCCUCUUCUGGAGAGCGUCACCUGGAUCGUUCUGAAAGACCCAGUCAGUGUUAGUCCUGCUCAGAUGGCUAAGUUCCGUAGCCUGUUGUUCACAUCUGAAGGAGAGGCACCUUCCUGCAUGGUUGACAACUUCAGACCCCCUCAACCCCUCAAGGGACGCAAAGUCCGUGCAUCCUUCAAGUAAACAGCAGUAUCGAUGCCACAACCCUCCCACUGCCUUCUGAUCAUGGUGCUUUUGACUGGUUCACAAAAACAUUCCCUGUGAAAUUGCUACUGAAAUAUCACAAUCCAGGCCCUUGCUUACAUUGCAGUGUUGAUAACAAGAAAGCUGGAUCUGAUCUUCUAAAACUGUCUAUUUUUGUCAUAAAUGCUUAUAUUAUUAUUUAACAUGAGAAAUAGUAUUAAAAUGCUUAUAAACUCAGCGCUUAAUAACAAUGGCAGCCCCAGCUGUAGAAACAGUGGUUUGUUACCUACAUUUCCUUGCAGUUUUAUGUAAACUGGACAAAUGGGAAACUAACUUUCAAAUUAUCCCAGUCCAUCUUUGAUUGCUCCACUUCGUGCUUUUAGCUAUGCAGAACUGCACUAUGCUCCAUGUUAUUCAAUAGGAAAGACAUCAUGGUUCUUUUUGUGGUUAUGGCAAUGGAUGAAUGUCGGUUAAAUGCGUAACUGAUCGGAUGUGUUGAAGCUGAAAUACCUGAAGGAAAGCACUUAUUAACAGCAAUAUGUUGUUGUUAAAGUGUUUUUAUUAUUUAUCAAGAGGAAUUUCAAGGGAUUAGCUUUUAAAAUUGUUUCUAAGAAUGUUGUACCAUGCUGUUUUGCCAUAGAUACUUUGAUAGAGAUUUUUCAGAAUUAAAUUGAACAGUAUUGCGAACAAAUAUUAUAUGUAAAUCAGUCAUAUCCUAGGAAUUUGAUCAGCAAUAAAUGAAUAUAUUUUAAACUAUA